AUGCAGGCCGCAGACGACAACGGUGCCGGCCGGGUGGCGGCUCGUGCCAACGGGCCACGUGGUCCAGGCAACCGCAGCGUCGUCGGUCAUGCGGGUGCUGCAACUGGCAUUGUGUUCCAAAGAGAGCUAGCAGCACGGGCCCCUGGGCCUGGGGGAAGCCCAGCACCAGCGGACAGAGCAGGAAGCUUCCUCAACGUGCCUUUCCCAACCUCCCUGGAGGCCGAGAUGGUCUGCCGGUUCCUGAUGCUGAAUGUCCGAGACCCAGGACUGGUUCUGAAGUCUUUCAGGGUGACCCACCGCAUUAUGACUGUGCAACUGACGGCCGAAGACCCUGACCAACUGCGCAGUGCCAUCGUCUCCUGUGUCGACCACCUUUGGCAG